CUUCUUCUCUGUCAGCGUUCCAAGUUCAGUUGUGAGCCAACAAUGAGAGCUACUGCGAACAAUGGGAGCUAUCGGGAUCGGAGAUCGAUGAAGCAUGUUCUGGACAACGUUCAUGGAUACAUCUACCUCGAGCCGCUAUUCUUGCAGUUCAUUGACACUGAACAGUUUCAGAGGCUUCGUGAUCUUAAGCAACUUGGUCUGACACACAUGGUUUACCCUGGGGCUGCACAUUCUCGAUUUGAGCAUUCACUGGGAGUGUAUUGGCUGGCUGGUGAAGCUGUCAAUAAAAUUAAUUUUUACCAAGAGCUUGGAAUUGAGGAGUUUGACAGGAACACAGUAAAACUUGCUGGACUACUGCAUGAUAUCGGCCAUGGCCCUUUCAGCCACAUGUUUGAGCGCGAGUUUCUUCCUCGGGUUCUUGAUGGUUACGAAUGGUCUCAUGAGGAUAUGUCUCUGAAGAUGAUAGACUACAUUGUCGACAAGCACUGUAUUGAUAUUGAUUCGGCAAUCCUCAAGACUGCGAAGGAAAUGAUCCUUGCCAGCUCUGAACAUGGGCCACAAAAAAGCAUGACAGAAAAGCGUUUCUUGUAUGAUAUUGUUGCAAAUGGGCGAACUGAAAUAGACGUUGACAAGUUUGAUUACAUUGUGCGUGACUCCCGAGCAUGUGGUAUUGGUUCUGGUUUUCAAUUUGAAAGGCUGAUGGAAACUAUGAGAGUGAUGGAUGAUGAGAUAUGUUAUCGCGCUAAUGAGUAUCUGACACUCCACAAGCUAUUUGCCACUCGUGCUGAUCUUCAUCGGACUGUGUACACGCAUCCAAAAGUGAAGGCUAUUGAACUCAUGGUUGUUGAUGCUCUGUGCUAUGCAAAUGCUGAUCUUGGCAUUGCAGCUUCAAUUCAAAAACCAUCUGAAUUUUGGAAGUUGGAUGAUUCAAUUUUGAAAUGGAUCGAAACCUCUGAUUCUGAUAGCCCUAGCCUCAAGGAAGCUAAGAAUUUAAUCCAACGCAUCCGUAAAAGGGAUCUGUACCAGUACUGCAAUCAGUUUUCUGUUCCAAAGGACAAGCUAGAGAAUUUCAAAGACAUCACGCCCCAGGAUAUAAUUUGUUCACAGAAAUCUGGUGGUGUUACACUGAAGGAAGAAGAUGUUGCUGUGAGCACUGUCAAAAUUGAUUUGACUCGUGGAAGGAUGAACCCUCUUGAACGAAUCAAUUUUUUCAAGGAUUAUGAUAGCUCUGAGAAAUUUCAAAUCCCUGAUGAUCGCAUAAGUCACUUGCUUCCCAGAUUUUUCCAAGAUAGGAUAGUGAGGGUGUACGCAAAGAAGCCGGAACUGGUGGGAGCAGUUGCUGAGGCCUUUGAGAACUAUCAGGUGAAGACAUAUGGAUGUAAAGCCCAGGUACAUGCAACUCCUGAUAAAAAGAAGGCACGCAAACAACUGGAAUAUCAAAAUCAAAAUGACCGUCAGUGACCACUGUGUAUAUCCAUAUAUCUGACUGUAAAGAAACGUAAACAUCCUACCGCAUAUUAUUUUGGAUAUCAGCAACUUUGUAAAUGUACGUAUGAAUAUCUGGAAGCCAUGAGAAACUUUGUAAAUGUACGUAUGAAUAUCUGGAAGCC